AUGGUGACAACCCGGCUGGUUCGUUGGCUUGCGCUGUGCCAGUUGGCGGUCAGCAGAGAGGUGAUUCCGGAUCCAUGCGGCGAGAGCUGCGUCAGUCGCCCAGAUGCAGGUGACACUGCCUUGUUGCAGACAGCAAAAGCCUCUGCCGAGCCCAUCUCUUCGAAAGAGUUUGCGGAGAGGAUGCAGUGCGAUGCACAGCGGAAUUCCUUCUCUAUCAACGGAGGUGACUGGACUUUCGUCUUGGGCAAUUUCCAAAGCCCUGGUAUCCUUUGGGAGGACCUUCUGGUAAGUUGGGAGAAGGGAGGUCCUCACAAGGAGUACUUUGGCAUCGAUUACACGUUCAUGUCGCAGACUUAUAGCUUCACGGACUACCUGACUGUCUCCUCUUCUCUGGGUGUGACGCAUUUUCCCAUGACGCUCUGGGCCUCGCAAGUCAUCAAGCUAAUUCUGCCGUUGCCCUUUCCCACUGAUUGCAACCAUUUCUGGAAGGAGCAGGGCUUCAGCGGCCUCUACAUCUCGCCGCCAUGGUCGCUGGAGGAAUUGAAAAGCCCGGGCUUUGACGACGCAGGCUGGCCGCGAUCCACGUACCCCAAGGAUCUCAUUGUUGACAGCUUGACCUUCUACAUCACUGUCCAGCCAUUUCUGAAGGUUCUACCAGGCUGGUAUCCGCUGGCUUGA